UAGUUCAUUUGAAUCAUUUUAACUCUUUACAAGAUUAUUUAGCAAGCUGUUUUGAAUGGUAAAAAUGAUUUGUUUUGGCAAGAGAGCUUUACAAGGCAUAGUCAAUAUCUGAUUUACAUUCUGGAUGACAGCAAAAAUGAAUAUUUUUCCUUAGCCAUAGAAAAUAUUAUGACUUCAACUAAAAAAUGAAUUUGCUUGCUUUACAUGUGUAUUUUUCCUACGAAAUUGGCUGUAAUAGUUUAGGUGAGGUAAUGUAAUGGCUGAUGCAUCAUUGAUUCAUUCACAGACUAAUGUGGCAAAGUGGCAGUGUACUUUGGCCACUUUCCACCCAGAUCAAAGGUUAGAUGAGGCUGGCAAUAUAUUAAUGACUUUACCAAAGUGUGCAGUGUCAUUUAUAGAGAAAACAUUCUUAUGCACACUUCGGAGUAUGUGUGUGUUUGUUGAAGACCAUUUAGAUUUACAAAGAUUGGAAUGAUUCUUUUCCCCCUGAAACCACUCUUGGCAAGAUCACUCUGGUUAUUACAUUUGCCUUAGUUUACUUUCUGGUUCUGCAACAAAGCCUUUCAUUAAAGAAAGUGCUAACCACAUGGAACGCUAAAAGUUUUGAUAAAUGAGUACAUAUGUAUUCAUGUUACAUUAAGCGUUCUGUAUUAUGGAUAAGCUGGCAACUCUUCAUAAUCGUUGGGCUCAGAAAAAUGAGAGAGAAUCUAUCAGGCAGAAACUGGCACUUGGAAGUUUCUUUGAUGAUGGUCCAGGAAUUUACACCAGCUGUAGCAAAAGUGGCAAGCCAAGCCUUUCUUCUCGGCUACAAAGUGGGAUGAACUUGCAGAUUUGUUUUGUAAAUGACAGUGGCAGUGACAAGGAUAGUGAUGCCGAUGACAGCAAGACUGAAACAAGCUUGGAUACACCUUUGUCACCGAUGAGCAAGCAAAGUUCUUCCUACUCUGAUAGAGAUACUACUGAAGAGGAAUCUGAAUCCCUAGAUGACAUGGAUUUUCUCACUAGACAAAAGAAACUGCAAGCUGAAGCCAAAAUGGCCUUGGCUAUGGCAAAACCAAUGGCCAAAAUGCAAGUAGAAGUGGAAAAACAGAACAGGAAAAAAUCUCCAGUAGCUGAUCUUCUGCCACACAUGCCUCAUAUAAGUGAAUGCCUGAUGAAAAGAAGUCUAAAACCCACAGAUCUGAGAGAUAUGACUAUCGGGCAGCUACAAGUGAUAGUCAAUGAUCUCCAUUCACAGAUAGAAAGCUUGAAUGAAGAAUUGGUGCAGCUGCUACUUAUUCGAGAUGAAUUGCACACAGAGCAGGAUGCAAUGCUGGUAGACAUUGAAGACUUGACCAGACAUGCUGAAAGUCAGCAGAAGCACAUGGCAGAGAAAAUGCCAGCAAAAUAACAUGAGAAGCCAUCAGACUAGAGAGCAAGCUAGAAUUGAUUUUGCUUCUGUGGUUGUACAAAUGCUGAUGCUCAAGGUGGUGCACAAGAAAAUCAGUGUUAGUCAUUGAUCAUGUCUGAAGCUUUAUGUCCAGUGAUUGGCCUCUGCUACUUAAUUUAUUUUAAUUUUUUUUACUUGUGCCACUAAAUAUCAGGCAUUUUAAUAUUAUUAUUACAAAGUGUACAGUACUUAUUAUAAGUCAAGGAUAAGAGGAGAGGGUAGUUUAACUUUUAUUUUUGUUUGUUUAGAGAUUUUAAGUUGAACAAUAUUUUACCAUUGACUACUUUUUAUUCUUCACUGUAGUUUUAAACAAAGAAACUGUAAUUGACGGUGCUAUACAAGUCAAAAAAUACAUGCCUGCCUCGUAGUGAAGUUGUAGCUUUCAGUAAUAUGUAUAUUUUAAUCAGUUUUCAACAUUUUGUGAAUGUUGAUUACCUGACAUUCAUUUUUAGAUGUGCUAUUAACAUUCAGUUGGAUUCAAGAGUUAUCUUGAAAGUUUUAUGUAUAAAUAUGUAAAAUAAAAAUUAAGAAAUUGUUUCAUAUGAUAUGUCUUUUUGUUCACUAGUGGUUGACUUUGGUGAUGCACCAGUAAUAUAUUCAUCCUACUAAAUGUGCAGUACUUAAUUUCUCAUCACCAGAAAGGCAAAAAAAAGGCUCUAUAACAUAAAAAGGUAUGGAGACAGGACAGAAUUUUACAGACCUAUUUGUAAGUUCAUAAAGGAUGGAUGACAUGGACUUAAGAUAUUCUUAUAUAAAACAUUCACUGGGAGACCUAAUAUGUGACUAUUGUUAGAAUCAACAGGCACACAUGGUGGGGGGUGCUGUUUUUGUUUUAAUAUAACUGUCAAAAAUAUAAAAAUCUGUGUUAAGACUUCUACCGACACUAAAUGUAUUAUGUGUGGUAACUGAUCGCUUCUCUACCUUGUUGGGCCAAGAUCACAUUUAGUGUCUGUUCCCUCAGCUAUGUACCUUUUAUAUAGCCUCUUUCCUGGGCACUACUCUGCAUUUGCAGAAGAACUGGCUACACAAACCAAUAACUCUGUUCUCUCUUGAACUUAUUUGAUUUAAUGCUGAAAUACCACAUCAGUCUCUCCAUUCCAGUCUAGAUAGUAGUAGCCAGAAGCUACAAUGUUACAUCAUGCAAAUCAGGUUCUUUUACAUUUUUUAUUUUUUAAUUUAUGACAGAUUUUUCUCGAGUCAAGUUUAUGUCUAACAAUAUAUUCAAGUUGCUUUCAUAGAAGUAAGUGACACAUUCAGAUUUUACCCCAUACAAAGAAUGUAUUUUAUAAAAUUCCGUUUCACAGAAAUUAUGCAGUCUCCAAAUGAAACACUGAACUCAUGGAAUUUGGGCCUGUUUUUAAGAAAAUCUUGCUGUAGUCCCCCACUUUUUUUGUAAGAAAUUUCUUUGGGGUGUAUGUGUGGUCUCCAGUUGGCAACUGCCUUUACGCCAAUAGGCAUACCAUGCCUCACACUUCCCAGCACUGGUGCACAUUCUGUAUUUUACUGCUGCAAAGUGUGUACUGUUCUGCAGCUUUCCAUGAGGAAAAUGUUCAGUUUUUUCCUUUACCUGGAAGAAUGUCAUUGCUCUGAACUUGCCACUACAUUUUUUUUGCCUAGUUGAAGCUAGCUCAGUGGUUUUCAGACCAUUCUGUGGAUCACAUAGUGCAGUUGCCUAUUUCUGGUGAAGCACUUGUCAGUCCCUGAUAUCUGACACUGUCUGCCAUUUGUUGUCUACUCCAAAACUUCAUUUUUCAACUGAAUAAUCAUAUAGACUCUGCAUGACCACUUUGUGAUGCUGUUUCUCUGGUGUUGCUGUGAGUUUGAAGCUAAAGAUGACACUGAGUGUAGAGGGGCAGCAUACAGGGAAAAGCUGCAACAAAAAUGCAGAUUCACUUGGAGAGAUGAAAGCAAGUCAAGGCUGCUGAAAGACACCAAAGAGGGAUUUAGAACUGAAAAAACAAAGUGGGAUUUUUAGAAGUGUUCAAUGAUGUUAGUAUUACUCCUGUUGAUUCAUAUGGGAAAAGAGGGAGGCCAGUACUGGAUUCCCUUGAAAACUACACCCCUGCACAGCUUCUGGGUAUCCAGAGAGGGAAUGAAUAGCACAAGUACAAAAUAUGGAAAUGUGCCAAGAACAUUUUGUCUUCAUAAUUCUGUCCUGAGAUUGUUUUGUCUCCUGAUCAAAAUUUGAAUUGGGAUUCAGAUGAAGAAAUGGUUAAGGGGGAAGUUUCCAGGAGUAUAUCUAUUAAGGAGUGAUCCACAAUACUUAAGGAGCUGGAGAACCGCUGAGCUAGCAUAGGGAAUACAUAUAAGAUAGGAAUGUAAAACUAAGAUUAUUUAUUUUGCUUUCUUUGAAUCUAUGCAGAAAAAAAAUAUUUGGGGUGUUAAUUUCCCUAUGUCUUCUGGUUGUCUUGACACUGUUGUGGGUUCUGGUGUUUUUAUAUUUCUGCUUUAUAAAAUGUCCAUGUUUUCAGUGCUCCAAGGCCAAAAUUGUCAAAAUUGGGCCACAAAAUGUAGAUGCUUAAAUAAGUGGCCGCUCUCUUAAAGGUUUUGAGCAGCCACCAUUUUCUGUUAAAGACAUUGUGCAUACUCAGCAUUUUUAAUAAUCAGGCCACUUAUUUAGAUCUCUAAAUGUGGAUUUAAAUAAUAUGUUUGAGAUCCCAAAUUUGAAAGCCUUGGCUUAAGCUUUAAAAGAAAAUAACAACAACCUUGGUACGUUCUAGGUGUGUGUAAUAACAUAUGAUAGUAAUGCUACAGUAGUGCUGAACACCUCACAAAUGCAACUUCAUUUGUGAUAAGACUCGCAGAUUAUUUUACACUACUGAUGUGCUAUAGUAAAAUUAACGUGCAGUUGAGACAAAUUACAUCUCAUGAGUGGUGUAGCUGGAUGAACUUGAAGGCAAAACUGAAUGUCUCUGGCAAAUUGACUGCAAGUGCUGUUGUGCUCUAGAAGAAACUGAACCCUCGGUCCUUAUGUAUUGAUUUAUUAUAAAGCAUUAAUUUCCUGCUAGGUGUAGAGUUGAACAUUUAAUGGGCAGCCUUUCCUGCAAUGUACAUGCACAAAUGCUAUUAAAUAUAAUUGAAGUCACAAGCCUGUGUCAAACCAAAAGGUAUAUCCCUAGGAGGGACUCUGUUCUAUCCAUUUGUUAGAAAGCAGGGAGCACCCAGAUUACAAGUGUUAGACCAAGCUACUUUAGAAAAGCAUUGCUUUUUCAUGGUGCACUAGAAAAUAAAUUAUAUGGAACAAUCCUUCCCUAAAAGGUGGGUGAGCUCCAUAACCUAUCAGGCCUUUUCCGUAUCAGAUUUCUGAUUCACUCGAGCCAUCCAAAGUGCAGAGUUCUCUUGGCUUUCAGAGAUGGAAAAUACCAGGGUCCGUGCUUAGGUUGUUUGCUGAAAUAGGUAGAUCUCACUUUCCCACCCAGUACUGGGGGGUGAAGAAAAACACUUCAGCCACAGCAUGGUCCUUGACUCCACAAAGUACCCUUAAUGGGGGACAUAUUUAUGCAUGCAAUAAGAAAGGAAAAUGCACAUAGUCUUCCCUCCUCUCCAGUGAAAUGCCAGGAAAUGUCCUCAAAACUUAAUACUGCCUAAGGCCACAAAACUCCCUCCAGUAGUUGUUCCAGAGGGUGACAGAAUCCAAGGCUUAACCGCAAAGAAGCCUCCUGGUUGUCUAGGAACAGGGGUGGGAGGCCCUGACACUGAAUUGAGACCUAGCAGUCAACCACACUCACCCUCACCCUUUUCUUUUGCUAGUCAAUUAAUCCUGCCCCAUCUCCUCAACCAGAAAUGCUUGGGAAACUGUAAGAAAUCUUGGGGCACGUCCCACAGUUUUUGCUCGCAUCCCAGGCCAUUCUGCAAAGCUUUAUGAGGGAGUGGGCAGUCUGAUCUCUGUUAAUACUCAAUCUUCACUCGGUCCUAAUUCAGGUACUCCCCCUUUGGCUCCUAUAGAAUAAGCACAAUCUGUGCCCUUCCUGAGUGCCUGAGGGGAGCAUUUGGGCUCUAAUUCAACAGUAGCUAAUGACUUGCCCUCCAAAUGUGGCCCACUAUAGCACUCAACACUGCAGGAAGAUGACAUAAUCUGCACAGCACUGCUCACACGACAGCUAUCCAUUCUGCACUGGCACACAGCGAGCCUGCCCUGCUUUAUUUGUUUUGGUUCAUUGCUAUGAGAUAAUUGGAACAAAGGGGCUCCCAAAUGAAAAUUUGUGCAUUGCUUUGGGGAAAGAGAUGCAUCUGGUCUAGGCAGCAUGUUUUAUUGACAACUGGGAGCAGCAAAAGACACAUAGCUGUUGACCCAGAGACUGUGGUCCUGAUUGUGCUCUCAGCUUCAUUGAUGUAAUGCUUGGAUCUUAGUAGAGUUAUCUUGGACUUACAUUAGUGCAAAGUGGACACCAGUGAGAGGAGAAUUGGGCCUGUUAUUUGCAGUCACUAUGCCAUCCAAAUGCCAGGAGACUUGCUGACCUUAUCAGUGCAGACAAGUUGUGACAAGAAACACUUGCUUCUAACCAAAAUGACUUGCAGGAGCUAACAAUUUUUAACACUGCUUGCACAUCAAGGACCACCUUUUGAUCUUAGCUAUCUUGUGUUCUCUGUUGACUUCAGUGGAGUUGCUCUGUAUUUACAGCAGUUUAACAUAGAUCAAAAUCUGGCCUUUAGUCAACUCUAGAUUUUUAGAUUUUAGGGCACUUGGGACAGGAAGCCUAGACAAAUUGGAGUUUUGUUAACUUGAUAAGUGCCUUUAACUUGAUAAUGAAAAGUAGUGAAAUAAGUUUAUUCAAUUAACCUGCUGUUAAUUAUUACCAAUAUUUUUUCUUGUUACAUCCUUAGUUUUGUUUGUUUUUUAACAAAAUAAUAUUGCUGGGUUACUGCAUCUUUCUUGGAUAUCUGUCCAAUGUACUAAAGUAUUGUGCUGAUGUGUAUGAUGACAAUGCUGUAGAAUUAAUGGAUUAAAUUACAUUUUUAAAAGA